AUGCUCCCGACCCUCGCUCGCCGGAGCACCACCACCGUCGCCGCCGCCGCCGCGACCGGCGCCUUCUCGCCCCGCACCCGCUUCGACGUCUCCGACUCCAUCCCCCGCUCCUACUACCUCGGCCACCACCACGCCGCCCUCCGCGACAUCUCCUCCCGCCUCAGCGAGGUCGGCCUAGUCCUCGAGUGCCGCGACUACCGCGUCCCCAUCACCUCCUGGAACCCGAUCCUCGAUCGCGCCAUCGCCGGCCGCGAGCGCAUCGUUGUCUACACCCACCGCGACCUCGGCACCGACAGCCCCCGCGAGAUCGAGCAGGCGCUGCGCCGCUUCCACCGCGGCCAGACCGCCGGCGGCGGCACCCCGCAGCGCGCCGUCUUCUGGCGCAAGGACGACGGCGCGAGCACAAAGACCCUACUGAGCGAGAUCCGCCAUGUCGCGCAGGGCAUCGACAGCCUGACGGGCGUGCGCGCGCUCGUCGUCGGCAUGCCCAACGUCGGCAAGAGCACCCUGCUGAACAAGCUGCGCAAGCACGGCAUGCAGAAGAAGCCGUCCGUCGCAAGGGUCGGCGCGCAGCCCGGCGUGACGCGCAAGCUGUCCUCCCCCGUGCGCAUUCUCGACUCCGAGAAGGACGGCGGCGCGGGGCUCGGCGAGGGCGUGUUUGUCCUCGACACGCCCGGAGUCUUCAUGCCGUACGUGUCCGAGGCCGAGAGCAUGGUCAAGCUUGCGCUGGUCGGGUCCGUAAAGGACGACCGCAUCCCCAUGGUGAUUCUUGCAGAUUACCUCCUCUACCGGAUGAACCUCGCCGACCCCAGUGUGUACGCGAAAUACAGCGAUCCAACGAACGAAGUCAACGACUUUCUACAAGGGGUAGCGAGCAAGACGGGCAAGUUGAAGAGCGGCGGAGAGGCGAAUGCGGAGAGUGCGGCAGAUUGGAUAGUCAAGCAAUGGAGAGUUGGCCAACUGGGCAAGGUCGUUUUGGACGAUGUCAACGACGAGGCUUUCAGGGAGAAGGAGUUAGAAAAGGCCGGACAAGGCCCCGUGAGCAUGAGCCAGGCGCGCAAGCGGGAGAAGGAGGCCAGGAAGGACAGAGCACUCAACAAAACCAAAGCCGUGUAA